UCACUUUAUACAGGGCGUAUAUGAUACACGGCUGCUAGAAAAAAAUUUUUCACAAAGUGGAUUUGAAUAACCUUGUCGAUUUGCUAUUAAUCUGUUCGAGCCGCAAUCAAGAGGAAUAUCAUUUUACAUUGACACCUGGCCUAUCGGGCGGGGCUGUCUCUUCCUGAGUCGGGAUGACAACCAAUCUGUCCCGUUUCAAAUUUACUUUUGCGUUAAAGUUGCUUUUUCUAUUCGUGGUCGCGCCAGGACUUUACGCAUCAUCAAAUUGCAUCUCGCAGACGUUACAAGGAAUAGAACCAAAACAGCAAAGUAGAGCGUGGGGUACCGGCGGUUACCUCAACAUAUUCAUGGCGAAAUCGUACAAGUUUCAGGAAGGAUACCUUAUCGGGUGGCAAAUGUACAACCGAAUUGACAGCGACAGUUAUUUUGUGGAUGUGUUCCGGACCGUUGCUGGCGCUCAGGGGACACUCGACUUGGUGCACUCGACGAAAGUCAACGGUACAACUGCUGGAAACAAGACCAUACUGGUCGCAACUGCCUUCAAGGUUCAAACUGGUGAUUAUAUUGGUGUUCACACUGACGGGAGUGGAACGUACGGGUUGGCAACGGAACUUAGCGGAAUAUCUUCGGCGGAUUGGCCAACUUUCAUCAAGAGAACGUUCAGCGAUUAUUUCGUCACGAGUAAGAGAGUCUCUAUUGCAAGCAACGCCAUAGGCUGCAGAAAAGUGGCUUUGAGAGCUGUUGUUGUCAGUGAUCCAUUCAAAGGGACAGGUACCUGUGACCAAUACUUUGUCAAACUGUCUACCAUCCUGACAAAGUCAGUCCUUUCCCAGGUAUCUCACUCUGCAGCCGAAUGCUCCUUCCUGUGUGUGAGGACCGCAUCUUGCAAUAGCUUCAGCUUCGACUCGACUACCAACAUCUGUAUGCUGUACUUUGCUGUGAAGACACACUUGUCCUACAACCAACUCAAAGAGAACACAAGUUUGGUUGAUGAACAUUGGAUGAUUUGA